CUCUUUCUUCCAUCUACUUGCAAAAGAUCUCCUCGCAGUGGGGGGUAACUUGGCGGUUUUAACUCUUAGAGGUGUCAAUGCCACGGCUGAUUGGUGUCCACCCCUGAAGAAUGCGACUAGUGCUGCACUCUUCAUCUACGACGAGGUUAAUAAGUUCAAGGAGAAUGCAAAGGAAUGGGCUGGUUUCGGUGAAUACGUAGCGAGCACCAUGGCCAACGUAUCGUCAGCCAUAAAUUACGACGAUGUAUCCGCGGAAGAGGCAAAGCCAUGGGUGGAAAGUGCUACAGAACUUGAUGGCGCGCUACAGAAGAUAAAGUCCGAAAUCGAAAGACGGGAAAAAGUAGAGAAACGAUCGACUAUCAGAAAAACAUUCUCCUACUUGAGAGACCCGGGAAGAAUUAACGACCUAAAGAAAGAUUUUGACAAAGCAUUGACAUCGUUUCAGGUUAGGACGAAUUUGAUAACUGGUGCCAAGUUAGCGGCCAUAGAACAUCGUUUACACGAAGACAAAAUUCUCGAUAGUCUCCGAUACCCUCAUCUUGUUCAUGAUGAUUCCACUCAGGCGUGCCUGGAAGACACUAGGGUUGAUCUCAUUGAGCGUAUCAUGGCAUGGUGCCGCAACACUGAGGAUGGCGAGAAUCGGCUAAUGCUGUUGACCGCCGUGGCCGGUGCUGGCAAGACUUCGAUUGCACUCUCGAUAGCAGAACGAUGUGCCAGCGAUGGGGAUGUUACCCUGUUACUUCAGUUCUUCUUUAAAGCGGGCCAACGGUCGCGGCCUGAUUUUCUAUUCAGCGGCAUGGCUCGAGCUUUGGCAGACCAUGACCCCGUUUACCGCACUUUCAUUACCUCUGCUCUUCGAAAAGACCCUAGUCUCUCAACGGCUUCAUUCGCAACGCAGUUCAAGAAAUUGGUGGCUCUGUCUCUAUUCCAUAAACCUCCGCCUUCCGACUGUCCUAUGGUGAUAAUCAUCGACGCUUUAGAUGAAUGUGACAAAGAAGCGUUCGAAUCCCUUGCCGAAAUUCUUGGGGAGGGAGUGCCCAGGCUACCAUCUUCCGUAAAAUUCUUCAUCACAUCAAGACAAUUUGAUCUCGUGAAUCGCUACCUCUCCCCCAAUUACCCUAUUGAUCGUCUCACUAUCGAUCUCUUGGACGAGGCAAAUGUGCAGGACUGUGCUAAAUUCAUACGCUUCCAGCUGCAAAAGUUAAAGAAGUUACAUCGGGAUUUGCACCGUGACCUUGAGGACGAGGAUGGAAUGGUACAGGAGAUCUCGGAACGAGCAAAUGGCUUGUUCAUCUGGAUCAGCACCAUCUUUCGCUACAUGAAGAUGACCAACCAGGAUCCUAUGAGGACACUAAGAAGUCUGCUCGACACUGGUGCCAAACGACCAGAGGUCCCUGCUGAGAAGAUGAUGGAAGAUUUGUAUACAAGCAUCUUAAAGAAGUGCGCUUGGGAGGUUGAAAAUUUUGUGCAUGAUUACCCAAUCGUGAUGGGAGCGAUCCUCGUUGCUCAGGAGCCUCUGUCCAUCACAGCCUGGGACUCAAUUUUGUCCCCAUUCCUCAAGUCUCCUGUUCGAUAUGCGUUGGCUGAACUUGCUCCUCUGCUCUCAGGAGUUGAAGACCCCUACAUUCCGAUUCAUAUCUUACACCAAUCUUUCCGUGAUUUCAUCAUUGAUCGGAUCAAUCCCCAAACAAUCAGCUCUCGUUGCACUCCCGUAGCGGUGGUGGUGGAGAAUGCCAGGGUUGCCCUGCGAUGUACUGAGAUUUUGAACCGGGGUCUCUGCUCUGUAAAGGGCUUAGGACUGAUUGAAAACUUGUCCGAAAAAGAUGCCAUGCCGCGCAUUCCUCCAUCGGAGUUAUCUGAACACUUUUGUUAUGCAUGUCGCCACGUCGUUCACCACCUAAGUGGAGUCAAGGAACCAUCAGAUGAGCUUGCUGGGUCAGUUGGUAUGUUUCUGAGUCAGGAAGCAACUCGGUGGGUGGAAGUCUGUGUGCGGAUGGAACGCUACGUUAGUAUCUCAUUACUCCCUGAGUGGGCUAAGUUGGUUGUUGACCACAGGGCUGUUAGUGCACUGGCCAAUGUGCUUACCCGGCUUCCACCGAAUUUCGUAUUUUUUUUAAGAUUCCAGGAUGCAUAUGAGACAGCGAAUGAUUCUGCUGUGCUCUGCCGUUUUCUUUUUUCUGUGGACUCAAGUUCCUACACCCCGGAUUUGGCCAGGUCACUAAACAGUCUAUAUUAUGCCCUUGACGAACUCGGACAGCACUCGGAGGCACUCCCAAUCAUCGAUGAGUGCAUGAACCUCUGGCGUCAGUUGGUUGCCAUCAACCCAGGACCAUACACCCCAGAAUUGGCCGGGUCACUCAACAAUCUAUUUUAUGCUCUUUCCAAGCUCGGACGGCACUCAGAGGCACUCCCAUUCAUCGAAGAAAGUGUGAAACUCUACCGUCAAUUAGUUGCUGUUAACCCAGGAUCAUACACCCUGGAUUUGGCCAUGUCACUCAACAGUCUUCAUAAUGCCCUUUCUAAUCUUGGACGGCACUCGGAGGCACUCCCAUUCAUUGAAGAAAGUGUCAAACUCUACCACCAGCUAGUUGCUAUUAAUUCAGGAUCAUACACCCCAAAUUUGGCCAUGUCACUCAACAAUCUAUAUAUUGCUCUUUCCAAUCUUGGACGGCACUCGGAGGCGCUCCCGUUCAUCGAAGAAUGUGUCAACCUCCGGCACCAGUUGGUUGCUGUUAACCCAAGAUCAUACACCCCGGGUUUGGCCAUGUCACUCAACAAUCUAUAUAUUGCUCUUUCCAAUCUUGGGCGGCACUCGGAGGCACUCCCAUUCAUCGAAGAAUGUGUCAAAAUCCGGCACCAGUUGGUUGCCGUUAACCCAGGAUCAUACACCCCGUAUUUGGCCAAUUCACUCAACAGUCUAUAUCAUGCCCUUUCUAGUCUUGGACGGCACUCGGAGGCACUCCCAUUCAUUGAAGAAAGUGUCAAACUCUACCACCAGUUAGUUGCCGUUAAUUCAGGAUCGUACACCCCAGAUUUGGCCAUGUCACUCAACAAUCUAUAUAUUGCUCUUUCCAAUCUUGGACGGCACUCGGAGGCACUCCCGUUCAUCGAAGAAUGUGUCAAAAUCCGGCGCCAGUUGGUUGCCAUUAACCCAGGAGCAUAUUCCCCAAAAUUGGCCAACUCACUCAAGAAUCUACAUAAUGCUCUUUCGAAUCUGGGGUAUCAUUCCGGGGCACCAAUGGUCCACAUUUGAGCAUGUUCUCCUGGUCAUUGCAUUGGCCACUUCACUACCUGCACAUGGCAGGCAAGCUCGAAUUGUAUAUUCGGCUCGAGAACACCAACAAAUCCAAAUCCAAUUUUUUAAUUGUAUACCGUUGAUAAAACAUUUACACAGUUCGCUAGCCACGCUACACCCGUAA